AUGAAAAAGAAGAAGCAGAAGCAGAAGAAGGUCUCGGAUCCGAUCCCAACUGAUCUCCUAAUAGAUAUAUUCUUGAGAGUCCCCGGAAAGUCAAUAGCUAGGUUUCGCUGCGUAUCGAAAUCAUGGGAAUCCAUUCUUCGCCGUCCUGAUUUCACUGAGCUGUUCCUCACCAAGUCUUUAGCUCGUCCACGGCUCUUGUUCUUCAUCAGAGUUUAUAAAGAGUUGUUCGUCUUGUCUUCACCUCAACCUCAAAAUCCACUUGAGAACACCACUCUUGUAGCCACCCGUUAUAAGUGUUUUCCCAAAUACUUUCCAUCUGACGUCUCUCCUCCGCUCAAUGGAUUACUCUGUCUUCAUGAAUGGGCAAGGAAGUUGCGGGUGAUCUGUAACCCUGUAACGGGAGAGUCCAUAAACUUACCUCCAUUGAAAGCUGCGGGUGCUAAAAAAAGCUUUUUUGGGUAUGAUCCGAUCAACAAAGAGUUCAAAGUCUUGUGUACGACUUGGUCACGCAAUGGACAACUUAAUACUCAUAGGGUUUUAACAUUGGGAACUGGGAAACGUUUAUGGAGAUGGGUUGAAUGCAAUCAACGUUAUUCUAUACGUAGUGGAGUACACUUUUAUCGUGAAAUAUGGAUAAAUGGUGUUUUGUAUUAUGGAGCUGACAUUGGAAGAUGGUGCAUGAUAGUUUGUUUUGACUUUAGCUCCGAGAAGUUCAGAUUUGUUAAGUUGCAUGAAGAAAUGUCAGAUGGGACUCUGAUCAACUACAAAGGUAAGUUAGGGGCGUUAGAGGAAAGAAUGUGUGAAGUUGUGUUGUGGGUUGUAGAAGAAGUUGCUGGAGAACAUAAAUGGUGCAAACGUAUAAGCGUGCUGUUAAACUCACACGACGAGAUGCAGAGACGUCUUAACGUUGUUGGAAUGACUGGUGGAUGUGAAAUUGUGUUUUCUCUGUAUUCUAGACCAAAACCUUUCUGCAUUGUCUACUACAAUAUCGAGAGGAAAACUUUUACAAGAGUCAAUAUUGAGGGAUUUGAAGAGUUUCAUGCGCACCGUACAAAUCGCAUAACCACCUUUCUAGACUAUGUAGAGAAUAUGAAGCUUUUGUAA